AUGGCUCUUGCGGCUCUCAAACAUCGCAGAACAAUUAGAAAUUUCGAUCCAAACUAUGUUAUUCCAAAGGAACAACUUACUGAAAUCGUUAACAUGGGCUUAAACUCACCAUCUGCGAAGAAUCUUCAGAGUAUCGACCUUGUUGUCAUCACAAACAAGAAAAAGAUCAAAGAGUUAAACGAUAUCUGCUACAGCUGCUUCCCAAAGGAAGUUCAGGCUAACUUUGACAUGCGCAAGGGUAAAUAUGCCGUUUCAAAUACAGUUGUUGGCGAUGCUCCAUGUGUCAUUCUCUUAGUUAAGAACGAGCGUGCCGAAAAGUGGGUUCAGGUUGAUGCUGGCAUGAUGCUUAUGUCCCUUAUUGUUGCAGCACAAGAAUUCAAGCUUGAAUCAUUACCAAUGGGCAGUGUCUGCCAUGCAAAGGUUGAAGAACAUUUCGGCUUAAAGCCAGGCUCACUCCUUGUCGGUUUGGGUCUCGGCAAAGUUAAUAAGAAACCAAUUGUUGACAAUAAGACUAUAUUAUCUAAGGUUCAGUUCGUUCCAGAGUAA